ACAUACACACACAGAUACAAGCUACAGAUAUACAGACACCGAUUAAGAUACAGCUGCAGCUACAGAUACAUUUAGAGGAGCAGCGGCAACAGCGGCCACACGGACUUGCGACACGCCCACGUAUCGCUGGCGUGGGCGGCGGGCGGUGGGAGUGGCUGAGUGGAUGUCAGGAUGAAACUGAGCGUGAGCGCGUAUCGGGCGCAUGCAUCCGCACACAAGAAGAUCCUCUCCAGCGGCUAUCACUCACAGCUCAACUACGGCAGCACUGGAGCGGCAGCGGCAUCCUCCUCGUCGUCGGGUGCCACUGCAACGGGCCUAUAUACGAUGGAAGCGCACGAGCACGAAGCGGGCAAGUUUGUCAAGGAUGUGGCCCGUCAGGUGCACGACUGCAACAGCGACACGGACGUCAUCAGUCCCACGGGCACCAGUAGCUCCGGAGGCGGUGGCGGAGGAGGCGGCGGAGCAGGCGGUGCCGGCGGAUCCGGUGGUGCUGGCGGACACAGCGACGGUGGCUAUCACAAGCGGCACCACCACAAGAUGGUCCGCGAUGACGACAACAACAGUGCGGCGCACUCAUCGGACAGCAAGAGUCCCAGCCAGCGGAAAUCGCGUAUCGGAGAUGGAGCUUCAGAUCCAGAUUCCGAUUGGACACGAUCGAACCAGCGCUGGAUGAAGCUACGCACCACCGUGCAGAUUUCAUCGGCGAUACAGAAGAAACCACCGCUCAAGCGCGAAGACUCCUUCCUGAAGCGUUUCUCGACUAGACAGAUACCCGAAACACAGGAAACUGUUGAAGAUACGGGUUCAGAAAGUGCCUCUGGUGACGUCGACAAGAGUGUUAAGCGACGGCGACGCUAUCUGCAGAAACGACGAUCCGUUGUUAAUCCAGAUGAAAAUUUUUACUUCUAUUGGUUAAUGAUGUUAACUGUAUGUGUUCUAUAUAAUCUAUGGACCCUAAUUGUGAGGCAGAGCUUUCCUGAACUGCAGCAAUCUGUGCCCACGUUUUGGCUCAUCUGCGAUUCGAUGACAGAUGUUGUAUUUAUCCUAGAUAUAAUAGUUCAAUUACGCACAGGCUAUCUGGAGCAGGGCCUAAUGGUAUACGACGACAGGAAGCUGGCCUGUCACUAUGUUCACUCGCGCGACUUUAUCUUCGAUAUGAUAGCGCUGAUACCAUUGGAUUUGCUGCAGCUCAAGAUGGGCACACAUCCUCUCUUGCGUUUUACGCGCUUUUUUAAAGUUUAUCGAUCUGUGAGAUUUUAUUACAUCGUAGAAAGUAGAACAGUUUGGCCAAAUUUAUGGCGCGUUGUUAACCUAAUUCAUAUCCUGUUAAUACUGGCACACUGGUUCGGUUGCUUCUAUUUUUUACUCUCCGAGGCGGAGGGCUUUCAGGGCGACUGGGUGUAUCCGUAUCGACCCGGGGACUACGCCACCCUAACGCGAAAGUAUCUGGGCAGCCUGUACUGGUCGACCCUGACACUGACCACCAUUGGGGAUCUGCCCACGCCCGAAACGAAUGCAGAAUAUAUUUUUACGAUCGUUAGCUAUUUGAUUGGUGUUUUUAUCUUCGCCACCAUUGUGGGCCAAGUGGGCAAUGUGAUAACGAACCGCAAUGCGAAUCGCCUGGAGUUCGAGCGCCUGCUGGAUGGGGCCAAGACCUAUAUGCGGCACCACAAGGUGCCCGGAGGGAUGAAGCGGCGCGUGCUGCGGUGGUACGACUACAGCUGGUCCCGCGGCAGGAUACAGGGUGGCGGUGACAUCAAUACCGCACUGGGCCUCCUGCCCGACAAGCUGAAAACCGAAUUGGCCUUACAUGUCAACCUGAGCGUGCUGAAGAAGGUGACCAUAUUCCAAGAGUGCCAGCCAGAGUUCCUCCACGAUCUCGUGCUCAAGAUGAAGGCCUACAUCUUUACGCCGGGCGACUCCAUUUGCCGCAAGGGCGAGGUGGCUCGCGAAAUGUUCAUCAUUGCCGAUGGCAUCCUGGAGGUGCUGAGCGAGACGGGCAAGGUCCUGACCACCAUGAAGGCUGGUGAUUUUUUUGGCGAAAUCGGCAUCCUCAAUCUGGACGGACUGAACAAACGCACAGCGGAUGUGCGCUCCGUGGGCUACUCGGAGCUCUUCUCUCUGUCCCGCGAGGAUGUCCUGGCGGCCAUGAAGGACUACCCCGAUGCCCAGGAGAUCCUGCAGACCCUGGGCCGCAAGCGGCUAAUGGAGGUGCGCUGCGUGAACAAGAAGUACGCCAAGGCGCAGAGUGACAAGGAGGCGGCGGCCUAUGCGGCAGCUCAUCCGCACCACCACCAGAGCCACCACCAGGGUCAGGUGCACCAGAGCGACAGCAGCGAGAACAGUGCCUCCAAGAAGAUCGUGGACAAGCUGAAGCACGACGUCAAGGGAUUCCGCAACGUGCUGAAGAAGUCCAGGACCUCGCGCAAAAGCGAUGAAUCCCUGGAGAUGCAGCCGCUGCACAACACCUCGCCGUGCGGCAGCAAGAUCCUGCUGAAGCGCAUGUCGCGCGUUCGAUCGGACGAAAAGGAUGCGGAUAGCGCCGAGGCCAAGGACGAGUUGCACGACAAGACGCCCAGCCCGAUUGGGGCGGGACUGCCGUUGCUGCAGCGCCUCCGGCUCCUUAAGGAGAAGCAGGAUCGCGAAGAGCGAGCUGUUAAGUCCACACCACCACAGAAAUCUCCACCUCACUCACAUGUAACGUGUACGUUAUCGCCGCAGGAAUCGAUCCAGGAGGAGCCCGAACGCGAGUUCAGCGAAGGCUUUCCCCUGAUCCAGCGACUCCAGCAGUUGAAAAUUAAGAACGAGCCGCAGGCAAACGCCGCCGAACCCGGCGUCGUCAUGGUCAACACGCCGCCCAACAUCAGCAGCAAAAUAGAUUCGCAUUUCGCUGCCAGCCAGGCAGGUGCAUCGCAUCCUGGUACAAAUGGCGGAGCCAUAGGCAUCUCGGCGCCGGGACAAUCGCUGACGGUGGCCCAGAUCAAGCCCAUCAUGAAGGUCUCCUUCAAGCAGAAGAUCCAGCAGAUGCAGGGUGGCGGCGGAGGAGCCAGCAGUUCUCCGGCUCCAAGCACGGGAGCCAUAGCCAAGAAAGAGCCACCCAAAUCACUGGCUCUAGUGGCCAAGCACGCGACUUCCGAGGAUCCCGUCGCCGCAACCGGAUUGGGCUUGGGAUCUGGUUCUAGCUCUGGCAUUGCCACCAUAUCGAAGAGGGUAGUCAAACCUCAAAGCCAUAGGAUGGCUACGCCGCUGCAAUCCGACACGGACACCGAUGGCACGCCCAUCAAGCCGUGGUCCAAGCUGAAACUGGCCACCCUGAUGUCCUCCAGCUACACGAGUUUAACCAACUGUUCGCCGGAUGAUCUGGCCUCACCGCUGAAGAACUACUCGCUGAGCAACAUACCGCAGCAGAUGGAGACGCAUCCGCGACCACGUCACCAUAGCGCCAGAAGCAGUUCGAGAUCACCGCGUCAUGGACACCACCAUCACCAUCAUCAUGGCCACCACCAGCACGGACAGCUUCAGUUGCCAAGCUCCACGAGCACCAACGGCUCCACGGCCAGCCAGGUGACGGCGAGCGCAAAACGAGAUUGCCUGCGUCUCCAGAAGCCGGAGCAGCACUUGCCCGACGGCGAACUGACCGAACUGGGCGGCAAUGGACGGAGGAAGCUCUACCAAAGCGUGUUCGAUCUGUCGCCGGAAUACUGCGGACUGCCGUUUGUCAAGCGAUUGAAGAUCCUCAAUGAGCGCCAGAAGCUGGCGGAACUGGAACGGGCACUGCAGACCCGUAGCUUUAGCCUGGACUGCUCCAAGUCCGGGCCGGAUAGCAAGGUGCCCAUUACGGAGUCCUUGUAUCGAUGCUACAGCGACACCUCCGGCAUCUACUCGCAGUUCCUCAGCACGUACGAGUCAACCACCAGCUCCACUUCGAUAUCCACCAAUACUUCCGCCUCUGCAUCGGCAUCCGCCUCCGCUUCCGCAUCCGCAUCGGAUAGCAACUCCAGGCAGUUGCAGUACGUACCCCUGCCACUCAGUCCCGAAUCGAAUGAGACCAUGGAGCGGCGCAAGCUGAAGAGCAUACUCAAGAAACUCCAGAUGGGCGGUGGUCAGCAGGAGGAGGCGGGGCCGGGCGCGGGAACGGGAGCGGUAAAGGGAACGGGGUCGAAGGUCAACUCCAGUGCCAGCCAAAAGGGGCAGGGCCUGCCGGCGGAGCCGACCUUGGAAGGCCCGCCCGCCAGUGCCAAGGAGGAGGAAUCUCCCUUCGGCGGUGCUGCGGCGAUCGGUUCGGUGAAUAAAGGUUGCGGUAACGGUAACGGUAACGGUAACGGUAGCGUUAGUGGUAACGGUAACGGCAGCGGUACGGUUAACGAUAGCAGUGCCAAUUCGAGUUCGCAUCCGAGCAAUAACGGCAACAGUGCGUAUACGUGUCCUCCCCCACCGGCGGUGGCUUUUCCGUUUCCGGUACCCAUUGCACCAGCAUCCGGCUCAGUUCCACUACCAUUGGAGCCCGGAGCGUCGAAUGUCUGGUCGCCGACGUUGACGUUGGUAACGCCCACGAAUUCGCCGCAGGAGAGAGAGUUUCCCGCCCAACUGCAGGGGGAGUUGGGCGGACACGGAACCGGGCGCGGACUCGUUGGUGGCGUUGGCAGCGCCUCAGCGUCGAUGUUGCCAGCGGGAGCAAGUGCAUCCGCAUCCGCAUCCGCAUCCACGUCCACGUCCGCCUCGUAUGUCGUCGAGUGCUCAGCGUCGUCGAAUCAGAUCCUCCAUGCCCAGUCCACCACUGAUUUGAAUUUGAAUUUGCAGCUCAGGCAGAACACGACCAGUGCGAUGGGCGGACCGGGUCCAGCGCAGCGGAUCGAAGGCUUCCCGGAGGCACAGGACUACUUCAAUCAGAUCCUGAACGGCAUCAACCACGUGAUCAAGACGCACAUGAACGAGAUGCACUCCAAGUUCGAGACGCAGUUCUCCAGCAUGGCUGGUGAGGUGCGGCGACGCGACGCCAUCAUUGCCCAGCUGCAGCUCAAGCUGCGCUCCAUAGAGGGCAAGUCCUCGGCAGCAGCGGCAUCCUCAUCCUCCUCCGCCCUGGUGCUGCCCAUCAGCCGGCGCCAGAAGAAGAUGCCCCAGCUGUCGGUGGACGACGAUGAGCCGCCGGAGGAGGAGGACAACAGCAGUUCGGGCUCUUCAGCGGAACUUUUGUUUAUGCGAGGUGACUCCCUGGACACGGUGUUCACCUCAUCGCCACCCAUUCAAGGGGGCAGGCGCAGCACAUCGCCGGGUCCUAGUCGUCAUCAUGCGGCCUCGGCGAACGCCCUGAACUGUCCGAGCAGCUACUACGGAGGACCCGGCUCCCUGAGCUCCCGCCACGCCCAGAGCCACCCCAGCUUCUAUUCCGGCCAGGGCAAUGGACGUAGCAGCGGGCGCAGCAGUGGCUAUCGCGAGUGGAGCGGCGCAGCGGAGAGCGGACACCUGGUCAGUGGGAGUGGAUCGAGCGGCGCGGUCAUGAUGGCCGAUGUCACGGGCAAUCUGGCCCGCCUGUCGGACAGCGUGAUCCUCGACAUUGGCGAAAGCUCCAGUUCGAGCUCCUCCUCCAGCAAGAUCAACAUGGCCGAAGUGGAUGACGACGAGGAGGAGGAGGAUCCGAGGGGUCGGGUGGCUCGAAACGAGGAGGACAUGGACGACGGCGAAGGUGGUUUGGCGAGCCACAACGACUGGGAGGUGCAGAUGCUGGCCGCCGAGAUGGAACGGCAAGAGCGGAAGCGUGGCCACUCCCUGUCCGACAAUCUGGGCGAGCUGAAGCACUGCAGCACGUUUCUGCGGCGUCGCCGAAAGUUCAGCGACACGGAAACGGAAUUUAGUGAGACGGACAUGGAGGAGCAGCUGGCCAGAUCGGGCAGCGGCCCAAUGGAGCCUAGCGGAUCGGCAGCAUCUAGCUCUGGAGCCGGUGGCUCCACAUCCGCGGGACAUCAGAGCGGCAGCCAGCGACCGAGGGCCUCCAGUCUGGAUCAGUUCAAUCUGCGCUACGGCAUCGGGCGCGGAAUCUUUAAAGCAAUGAGCAUCGACCGUGAUAAAGACAAGCUUUGAGAACUAUAAUCACGACCAAAUCUAACCCGAUCCCGAUCCUGGUCCUGGUCCCAAUCCCGUUCCGAGUUCCGAAUCCCAUCCCCAUCGCAACCAGAAGCGAUUUCAUCAGCAGACAACCAAUAAGCAAUGGAAUUUGGACAGUAUUACCAUGGUACAAGAACUAGGUAUAUGAAUAUGAUAUACAAAACUAAGAAGAUGUCAGGACAUAUAGAUCUAUAUUCUAUAUAUGUUUAGCCCUAACGAAACCCCCCAGCAAGAGAAUCGAUAUAUACAGAUAUACACAUAUAAAGUAAAGCCCGAUUGAGAUAUAUAUAUAUACACAUAUAUAUAUAUAACAUAUAGAUUUAACGGAAACAACAACUACUAAAAACCGAGAAACAAACACACAAAUAGCCAGAGAGCGUUCCCACCCCGAUUCCAAUUUGCUAUUCGUUUCGCUUUCUUGAAUUGUAAUCUUUAUCCCGAUUGUUUGUGCUUGCAAAAUGGUAAAAGUUUAACUUUAUCUUUUUCCGUUAAAAAAACUGUGAUUUCAUUUUAAAUGCAUGAUAUUUACAAAGAUUUCUUAUGUCUUUCCAUUCCUUAUAAAAUUACUCUUAAAUAUGAAUAAUUUUUAUCCAGGAA